UGAACUCUAUAAGGAAUGGCGGAGUCAAGAGAUAGACUCGUAAGAACAGUUGAUUUAGCGGAAGUCUUUGCUCGAAGACAUGUUGGGCCUUCGGGAAUCCUAUCAGAUGAAGCGGUGGAGAUUUUGGGCGUUACGCGCAGGCCAACGGGUGUUGCCGGUGCUACUGUUUUGACGGCUCGUGGUGGAGGGUUCCGUCGGGGCAACAGUUUUGGGACUCCAAGAUUCAGCGUUAGACGUGGCCGGAAUAGAAGAGAAAAUACUCCGGCGACGCCGAGUCCCUUGGGCCGUGGAAGGGGUGGAGGUUCGGGUACUAUGUUACCUUCUUGGUACCCGAGAACUCCUCUCCACGAUAUUACUGCUGUAGCAAGGGCCAUCGAAAGGAGGAGAGCAGGGUUAGGAGACGGUGAAGGCCUAUUACUAGAGACCCCUGUACCCAGUAACGAGACUAUUCUUGGUUCAAACAUAUCAUCAGUUGCUCAACUAGAGCGCAAUUUCUCAACACCAGCUUCAACUUCCAGAUCGAAGCCUCGCCCUCCAACGAUCAAGAGUAUGUCGAAGAUUCUGCUAAAUGUCACCAAUAAAAAAGGUGAGGAAUCCGAGGAGGGGCUUCUUACUCCCCAAAAGAAGCUCUUGAACUCCAUCGAGACAGUGGAAAAAGCCGUGAUGGAGGAGUGUCGGAAAAUGAAAAGGACACCAAGCGCGAGAAAGGCGGAAAGACAGCAUAAAGUCCGAACCUUGAUGUCCAUGCGAUGAUCUCGAGGCUCGAACACCAUUACUCAGUGGAAUCUGGCUUGAUCAUCCUCUGAUGAUACGUUUGCAUACAUGAAUAGAUACUUUCUAUCACCAUUUUUUUCUUUAGAUUUCGCCACAUUGUUGAAUGACUUGAUGACCAUAGGGACAGGGAUACGAUUUGCCUUCAAUACUCACUGAAGGGUCCUGGAUUCUUUCUGACCUUCAUACUUUGAAGGGACCAGUGUAGGGUAAUAGCCUUAUAGGAGGGCUUUGUUUCAGCAUUGAAACUAUGUAAAUAACACUUGUUUCUGGAUUUUGGUUCACAU